UUAAUGUGGAUUUUUUUAAAGUGUCGUUGAACAAUCUCUGUAAAAGCAGAAAAAACUGCUACUUUUCUGGUAGACACGUGAAGCAACAUUUUAUGUUUUUUCAACUCCUUGUUAGUUAUUUUAUUGAUUCCAUUGAUUUUACACACACUCUGGAACUUUGCCAUAUCUGAAAAAAUAACCCUUAAUGUCUUUCUAAUGACUCUGUCCUACACUUUAGCCGCUACUGCCUGCUAAUGGGCCUAAUUGUUUAGACGCGCACUCAGAAAUGAUAUUCAGUCUUUUCCUAUACUGCAUUUAUAUGGCGUUAAUUUUCUUACCAAUGUCCAUUUCCUGUAUUGUCCGUCACUUCUAAUAAGCUUUCAACAUAAAGUUAAAACAAAUACAGCCAAACAAUAUAUCUGAGCAUAGUCAAAAACUUUUUGCUUCUUUCCAUCAGCAACAUCUGUGAUUACUGGCAUGAACUUAAAUGACCUGUGGCCAACCUGACCUUUACCAUACAACCCCUAGUGGUCGGGAGGAAUAUUACAUUUAACACAAAUCAAAUGCAUGGCUCCCACAGUCUUCAAAUCUAAAGAAAGAAGGUAUUGAGUUGCAUUAUGGGAAAUGUAGGAUCCAGGGUUUCUGGAGCUCGACCCAUACUAAGGAUUAAAAGUCAGGCUUUCUUGGCCUCUGUUGCACCAAAUUUGACCAUUGUGUUUUUAUUUCUGUCCCUUGUGAGUCUCCUAACUUUCUGGAAGUGAAAUACUUAAUUGUUGGAGUGCUCCUUUAACCUUUAUAUUAUUAUAUAUGUUGUUACUUUCUUGAGUUAUAAUUCUAAAAAUGCUGUGUAUGUGCAGACUUUUCCUCCAUUUUGCAUACAUUUGUUCUUAUAAUUCUCGCUUACUGCCAAAGGUGAUCUCCAGUGCUACUUAACAGUAAAUUCAGAUGGCUCAUGAUAAGGAAUAUAAUGACAUCAUGAUGCAAAAUGUCAUCAUGUUGGUUGCUGCAGUGAUAUAGAAGGAUGCUACAGGAAUUGCAUGUCCCCUUGUACACAUACAGGCUGGUUUAUCUGAGUAUUCCUGUUGCAAGAAGGUGCACAAUACUAUUACAUAGCCUACAGUGUGAGGAACUAUUACGUAAGAGAGAAAUCAUACCUGACAGGAAAGACAUAUUCGCUCAAAUUACAACCAUAAACUGCUCAACGCCUGAUCCAAUUGAAUGUUUGUCUGAACACUUGCUCCUUACCGCCUCCCUGAGGAGCUUCUAAUAAAUAGCCGAGUAAAUCCAUGAGCGUCCUCCCGUGCGCUCACUCCUUCUCCUCCACUGUGCCACUGUCAUCACUCCACCUCUGACAUAGUGUCUCCAGCCUCUUAGUUGAUUAUAUUCUUUAUUUAAGCCUGCCAUGAGUGAAGUAUUUUUGUUUUAUGUCCAUGGAGCUUUGGCAAAAUUAUAUAAAAGUGCACCCUGCCUUUGUUCGGAUGUCCUUUUAAAUAUUAACAAGUUGUCAUGUCAUCUCUGACUCGGAGGGGAGAGAGAUUUCCUGCCUCGGUCAGAGGAACACAUUGGAGCUCAGAAGUGCAGCAUCACAUUGAGUCCGCCGGCUUUUCUCCAAGUAUUAAAGGGAAAGGCUGCGGCUGCCAUCCCAAGGAGCGCCCCACUCCUGAGGGUGCCGGAGGGUCCAGGGGCGACCCACAUCGGAAUAUGUGCCAGAGAGCAGACGCUGUCCCGUCCUACAAGUCUCUCCCUGGAUCCUUAGGAGACCGUAUCAUGUCCUCUGGCGGUGGCACUCUAUGUAGAGGCACUAUGAAUCCUGGCUUUGGGAGGGCUGAUCGGAAAGUUGCGUGCUGUGAGAAGUGCUCAGCGACCCUUGUUGCUCUGAAGAAACAAGCUCUGAGCCUGGCUGUGCACCAUCACUUCUCCUGCAAGGAUUCAAGUGACCUGUCUGCGUUUCUUCAUGAGAACCUCCGCGUUCACAGCCGGUCCACCACAGAGGCCAGGGACAGAGAAAGGGAUCAGGGUGAGUGUGGAGCCUGCGGUACAAAACUGACUCAGCUGAAGCAAGAGGCCGUCCACUUGGCUCUGAGCAGGGGUCAGUCAUUAGCUAACCCUCCCUUUGAACUUGGCCUCAGCGCUGGCACACUGCUGGGACAAAGUGAGACAAAACAUGGUGACAGAUCUCCAAGAGAAGCUGCCACGGCUGUGCACCAAUCACGCAGUCGAACCCACAGCCCUCACAGCCCCCAGACGCCUCGGAGCCCCAGGACGCCUCAGAGGACCCCUCAAACCCUCAGACGCAGGGGGCCCAAGCUCGCCAACUUUGAUAUGGACCGCUGGGUAGAAGAGCAGCAGCAGCUGGUCUCUUCUGCCGCUAAAGCUGUGUCCAACACUGAUGGUGUCACCAUCUACCCUCACUGUCAGGCUGCAGACGCUGUCGCAUUAAGCUGUGGAGACGCUGGGAUUGUACAGACAAACUCCAAGAUCCCUCACAUCUCCAGAGUGGUGACCAUCGCCAACUCUGCUGCCAUGUCCUUUUUGGCCAAGGCAGCUGAGAAACUCAACCUGACAUCGAGGAAAAAAGGCCAGGCUUCUGAUCCAGCUCCUGCUCAUCUCUCCACCUGCUUCAGGGAGAUUGUCCAGAAAAACCCUCCACCCGUCCCCUCCUGCCUGCUUCAAGCUGCCACCAGAACCAAAGACUCGCCCAAUGUUGGCAAGGUCAAAGUUGUGCUGAGGGUGAGUCCAACACUGUCACACAGCCAAGGCCAACCACCUGUUCUCCGAGUUGACCAGUCCAAGAAAAGAGUCACCAUAAUGGAACCGGUCGGCCAAAGCCAACCACACACUACGAUGACACUCGGCAGGGAUGGCAGAAAUCCUUUGAGGACCAUAAACUUUGAUGCUGCCUAUCUUCGAGAGUCAAGCCAGGCCGAGGUGUGUGCAGGCGUCUUGGCUGACGUCAUCCGCUGUGUGCUCAGCGGCAGCGAUGGAUGUGUUCUAGGUUUGGGCUGUGCUGAUGUGGGGUCUUGGUCCACCAUGGUGGGGAGUGAUGAGAACAUCGGGAAGCUCGGGCUGAUUCCCUGUGCCAUCUCCUGGCUGUACAGUGCAAUCGAGAGGCGGAGGGAGAAGACCUGGACAGAUCUGACUGUAUCAGUGUCUGCCAUAGAGCUCUGCUGCGGAGAGGAGGACACGCUGAAGGAUCUACUGGGGGAGGUUGUCCCCUCAUUAGGCAGUAUCCAGGACAGCCCAACAGCCCAUAUUAGACUCCAAGAGGACCCUGUCUACGGAAUACAGCUUCGUAACCACAACCGGGUCAAGGCCCCCACUGCUGAGCGGGCUGCUUCUCUUCUGGAUGCCGCCAUUGCGGCACGUCGGCACACAGACUUCACUACGUUCUUGUCCGACAGCUCCAUAAUGUUCUUCACUCUCCACAUCCAGCCCCCUCGUACAGAAAGCAGCACCAUUGGCAAAGGUUCACGUGGCCCCACAAAGCUGACUAUGAUAGACGUCUGUAGUGGUAUGAGGGGUGGUGGACACAACAACAGCAAACAUAAACCUCCUCAUUCUGAACUGGGCCCUGUUGUCUUGUCACUACUAAGUGGACAUAAAACGAUCACCAAAAAGAGUAGUAAGUUGACUCUGCUCCUUCGAGAGUCCUUGGGCCAUGUAAAUUGCCACACCACAGUGAUUGCUGAGGUUGCUGAUUCCCUGAUACACCUACAAGAAACCUUAUCAACAAUCCAGCUGGCUUCUCGUAUCCGCAGGACACAGAAGAGGACGAAGCAGUCCACCUCAUGUUCUCCUUGUGGGAGGAGUUUAACUAAAGAGAAGAGAGGGCCUCAGUCUCUGUCCCUGCGGGCGUUCCACUCCACCGAUGAGGUAGAUGUCGACAUCCGUCAUUUCCGUCUGCGUGGUGAACUAGAUGAACACUCAAGUAGUGACCAGUCCUGUGAUACAGUCAUCCAAAUAGACUCAGAUGGCUUGGUCCAGUCUAACGCUGCCCCAAGGUUUGCACAACCCGAAUUCGUGCCCAUCAUACCCUCUUUGCAUCCUAACAAGACUGACAUGGAUGACCCAGAGUUUACCGCUCUGCUCCAAGAGCUCCUGAGAAUUCCUCAGCUACAGGGAGAGAAGAAGAAAGAUGAAGCUGUUCAAGGGCAUAUUGAUGUGCUGAAAGCAGAAGUGAAGCAGCCAGAGAGGGACUGUCUUAAAUGUGACACGUUUGCUGAACUUCAAGAGCGCUUGGGCUGCAUCGAUGGAAGUGAGAUAACAAUGGAUGUGCUCAAGUCUUCCUCAAAAGACCCUCCUGUUAACAAUGUCACAACCAAAUCACAACCCCAGAAAGAAACAGGGAAACAGACAGACACUGAAUCCUCAGAGGCACAACAGACGAUGAAUCAGGGGUUAGGCUGCAAUCAGACGUCUGUUGGAGAAAAGCAGACAGAUGGUACCUUCCCUGGAGACAGUUUUCAGAGAGAGGAUUCAGGUCUGUAUGACUGUGAGGAGUGCAGUGCAACCAGUUCCAGUGAGGAGCUGCUGAAUCAAACUCUCAGCCUGAACAUGACUUGUCGCUCUGAGUUGCCCAACACUGGAACUCAUAAGUCAGGUGAUAAACUCUCUUCUCAGGACUUUGGUGGGGACGCUCAGGGCAUGGCUGCUAACAGUUCACUUGCCUUUGCACUUGAGCCAACAAGUAAACAGGAGAAUCAUGAAGCAGCUGAUUGGUUCAAACCAGACAAAAGGACCUCACCAGUUGGCAAGAGUUCCCCCAUAUCUCCUUCCUCUUCCUGCUCCUCUUCAAACUCCUUGGCUAAGAGUGUUAUAAUUGGGGACGUCUUACCUAAUCGCCCCACAGAGGACGUCAAGGAAAUGAAGGCCACUAUCACUGUAACUGUUCAACAACCACUGGACCUAAAAGGUCAAGAUGAACUUGUCUUCUCUAUGGUGGAGGAAGUGACCAUCAGUGGAGCCUUAGACAGAGGGAGGACAGGUGGAAACAUUAUUUGUAUCAGAGACAGUGCCCAGUCAUCGGCACAUGCUCAGGGCUCUGCCAACUCCCAACCUAUCAGAAUUAUCAGCAAUGUCAGUGAAGAAUCUGCAGCUGCAGGUUCCUCUAAGACAGCCAAAAGUGAUGUUGUUCAGCCUUUAGCCACAGAAGCUGGCACUGAAAAGCCCCAACAUCAGUUCAGAAGGGAAAAGAGGUGCCUACCUUCAUUUAUAAAUCCCAUACUGAUUAAUACAGAUAUAGAUUAUGAUUUGGAUGGUGUGAAAGAAAAAGAAAAUCCAAAUGACAGUUUUACAGGAGUCAAGUCACAGUCUGAGCUCAGAGGGAAUAAUGCCAAAUGUCCAGAAGAUACAAUGAGUUUUGAGAAGAAGAAUGGCGCUUUUGUUUCUAAGACACAUGUCAAAAAGCCUUCCAAGAUAUGUGACUCACCUUCAAGCCAAAUUUCCUAUGACUCAAUGGUCAUGGAAGAUUCAGCUUUCUGUGAUGGAACUGCAGAAAACAAAACAUGUGGAAAGAGACCAAGAAAUACAGAUAAGAGCCACCCUAGAGACAGGGAACAUGUUUAUUCCACUAACACUCCAAGGGGCUCAUUGGGGGGAGAGAACAUUUGCAGACAUGUUGGGAAUACCCCCAGGGGAGUUGGUGUUUCACCUGGUUGCCAAGAAACCGCCCUUGCUUCCUUUCAAACAGGUAGUUUACCCAGAGGCUUGCAAAAUGCCAGCCACCAGGACAGCUACCAUGGUGGUCACGUGGCAGACAACCACAGAGACCCAAGGGGGGUGACAUCAUCCACUCCAUGUAGCCCAGGGGUAACUCUGGAGAGGAGGCAGGGCAGACAGUGCUCCCCCGCUAAUCACAUCCUCCAUGCCUCCUCUUCUCUGAAAUAUGGAACAGAGUACAAACAGGAAGCUAUUUUCCCUCCCAGAAAGGGCGUUGGAUCACUGUUUGAGACCUCAAGCGUAAGCAUCAAACAUGAUAAUAUGAGCGGGAGGCUGAAGUCACCUAUUGAGGACAGUGGCAGGCUUUUCAAUGCCAAACUGGAGCAGCUGUCUUGCAGGACUAAUUCCCUUGGGAGGACCCCAAGGGACUUCCCAACUUUGGAUAGAGGCAGUAGUAACACCUCUAUGAGCUCUAAGGGAAGCUCCAAGGGAAGAGCUGAAGGGGCUUGUAAGGGAGGUUAUAAAGGAAGUAGUGAGGGAGAUUGUACCUUACCAAGGGCUAGCAGGAGCCCCAGGAAGAAUCCCCGGUCUGACCAUAGUCAUCAUUUCUUCCCUUCUGAAAACUCUCAAUCUGCUAGACAAAAUCAUUCCAAGCUCUCUGCUGUGGGGAAACUCAAGAUGGCUAGCCCCAAAGUCCGUCGGCUAUCCGCCCCCAGCAUCAAGAACCUCAGUCUCUCCCACAAAAGUCUGCGGCAGUCCAUAAACCGAAGUGCCAGUCUUUCCCCAGAUGGUAAAAAUGUUGGCUUUGAGCGAACAUCUUCCUUUCUUUCCUCUUCCCCUCCACGUUCUUUUCACUCUAUCAGCCGGACUCCAAGCCAGAGCUCCACAUGCUCAUCCACAAAAUCUGCCAUCCAGGGGUUUGUCAGUGGCCGGAUCUCUGACCUCCUUAAGGAAAGGGCCACCAGCCCCACUUCGGGAGGACUGGAUCAAAUGACCACACUUCCUUCGCCAUACAGCCGGGUGACUGCUCCUCGUGUUCCCAGUCACAUGAGUGGGCACGCCAGUGACACCACCAGUGUGUUGAGUGGCGAUUUGCCACCAGCUAUGGGAAAAACAUCCCUGCAUUUCUCUAACCGGAACAGUAUGGUGAGCAGCGGCUAUGACAGCAUGGUGAGGGACAGUGAAGCCACAGGCAGCAGCACUUCAAACAGAGAUUCAGUCAGCGACAGGAGCGGCUCUCUCCUCAGUGUGGCUUGCAGCAGCAGAUCAUCCCGGAGGAGAGGCAACACAGGUACUCACCAGCGUCUUCUUUCCCAUGAUACAUCCCUCCCAAUGAGACGCUCAGCUAGUGGUCUGCGAUCUCGCUGGGUGGAUCGCGGAAUCCCAGAAGCCUACGAGAUCAAGGUCUAUGAGAUUGACAAUGUGCAGUGGAUGCAGAAAAGAGCAGGUGCUGGCAAACAGGGACCUGCAUGCUUCAGCGCCAAGCUGAAGUUUUUGGAGCAUCGUCAGCAGAGGAUCUCAGACGUCCGGGCCAAGUACAACAACCUGAGGAGAGAGCUGGAGCAGGCCAAACAGAACCUCCUGCUGGAGCCCGCCAAGUGGAACCAAGAGUUCGACCUAUGGCAGACUUUCGAGGUGGACUCCCUGGAGCACCUGGAGGCCCUUGAGGUGGUGACUGCUCGGCUGGAGAACAGGGUCAACCUCUGCAAGGCCAACGUCAUGAUGGUCACCUGCUUCGAUGCCGCCACCAGGAGACGGCAUAAGAAGCGGCGGCGAACAGCGACAAAGCAGAAAACCUUCAAGUGAUUUAUAGUGAGAAUUGAGACAUACAGUAGUUAAAUUAAGGUAAAGGAAGGCCAACAAUCGCUUUUCCUCAAGUAAACCGGGCUACCCCGUCUAUCAAUGAUUUUUUUUUUUUGGACGAUAAAUUAAAAAUAUGCACCCCCCCCCCUCCACAUUUUAAUUUAACUUUAUGUUUUUAACUGCCAGAUAAACCAGGUGCUACAGAUUAGACGAAUUUACAAUAAUAUGUUACCUGCUCUCACAGGGAGGUCAAAGGUCAGAGUCAGUGACAGAGCUACAGUCUUACAGCUGACAGGAAUUCUUCAGACACUUACAAAGAUCUGCUACUUGUUACAAUCCAAUUUGUAUCCGGCAGACACAUUUUGGACUUCGGCGUCUUGGCCGCCGGACAGCUGAAACCAUUUCAUGACCUCAAAAUGUAUUCUUCUCUCGAUAAUGAUAUGCAAUUUAUCUAUUUGUCCUUUAAACAACCUUAAAACACAGUUUGUAUAUGCUUUUUUUUUAGCAUUGUACUGUACAGUAUAUUCAAAACAAUCAGUUCAGCUCAGUGAAGCAUCAAAUGCAACAAGGACAAAUAUUUUCCUCUCCUGGUAGAGAAUCUGCUUUAAGGUUAUAAACCAGGAGGCUAUGUGUUCUUGUUUCUCUUCAGUCUUUCUUUGGGUUUAUUGCAGACAGUACACUUGAUAUCUGAUAUACUGUAACUACUGUAGAUACUUAUAGCAUAUCGUAGCGUGUGUGCAGAACUACUCUCUCUUAGUUAGUUGACAAACUGGUCAUUACAGCCUCAAAAUUAAGCACUUUUGUAGAUUUGUUACGGAUCUGAUUUCACUCUGUUUAUGCAAUGUUAGGGAUGAUUUAAAGCACACCUCGACAUCAUCCUUCACUUCACACUUCACUUUAAUCCUGACAAGUUCACACUGUUCACAGACGGAUGACUGUUAAUUAUUUAGAAACAUUAAACAAGUACAAGUACAGUUUACUACAUUACACUUAACUGGAAUUACUGUUUUCCUUUAGUUAUUUAUAUGUUCUUACACAUAAUCCUGUGUUUCAUUGGAACAAGAAUUUACGUCUCACACUAAUGGAAGAGAUAGUCUGCCUUAAAGUUGACACGACAUGAUGAAGAGGAAGUUUGGCCAUUGCAGUUAGUGUUCAAAAGGGAAUACCACGCUACCCUGAUGCCAUUUUGUAUAUAGAUUUUGGUGCUGAACAACAUAUAGAAAUACAAUUCUCAAGUCUUGUAAAGUAAUGUAAAGAGUGCUUCCAGUAAUUAAAAAAAAUGUUUUUUGUGGCAAAAAAAAAAAAAAUUUAGCAGGAAAGAAAACUGUGACUGAACCGUCUGAAAGGAAGAGUGAAGGAUUCAAUGUUUAAGUUUGUGCCAAGAAAAACACCAUGGUGAUUUUUUUAAAACUCUCUUUACAGGAUAGGUGGAUGAUCAAUAAACUUGGCCUCUAAAACAUUAGUAAGAACAACAUUAGUAGCUAAAUAAUUGGGGGCAGAAUACAAAAAAGUGUGGAUUCUACUCUCAGAGUAAUGGAGGAGUAAUUACAUUAAGGGAAUAACAUCAUCGAGUCUGAAGAGCCUCGUGGCUCUUAAGUCAUUUAGCCAAUAAGAGAGGAUGCACUGAUGCAUAGUAAUCAAUGCUAGGUCUUCUACCUAGAUCAAUGCAUUUAAACAUACAGGGAACACACACACACACACACACACACACACACACACACACACACUGGAUGUCUGUUUUGUGAAUCCUAUUAAUCAGCAUGUCGUUCAUCGCUGUUAAUAUAUGACCACCGCUCUCAGCUCUUUUCUGUGAUUAUAGACAUUGCAAACUGUGCAUCCUUUGAUUUGCAAACAUUAAA